GUGCUGCCUGCAGCUCAAGGCGAAGAUCGUCAAGCAGCGCGCGCUCGCCGACGAGCGGGAGAAGAAGAAGAACCUGACAAAGUACAUCCCCGACGUCUCUCGCGCGCUGAUCGGCAGCCCGCACGUCGGGCGCAUCGCUGCCCGCCGCAGCUCGACGGGGGGGGGUGCUGUCAGCGUAGGCAUGAUGUCGCAGCUGGCCGAGGCGGGCGGCGAGGCGGGCGGCGGGCGACAGCGGGCGCGGCCGCGCGACGCGGAGCACGACGCGCUGCUCGAGCAGGCGCGCGCUGCCGUGCGCGCGAAGCGGCUCAAGGAGGAGGACCUUUCCGAGAAGCUUCGCGUGCACGUCGAAACGUGCGACGCGGCGAACGCGCUCGAGACGGUCGAGGCGGGCAAGCGCGGCGCGCGGCUGCUGCUGCAGGACCUCUACCUGAGCCCGCUGGACGAGGCCACCGAGCUCUUGCCCGAGGUGCAGCACCCGCUCUUCGCCCUCAAGCUGCACGCGCGCGCGCUGCACGCCGAGCGCGCGUGA